AUGAUCGAGCUCGGCCGGAAUGACUACGCCGUCUUCGCCAACCGAAUACUAUGGUCUCUCUUCGCAAUCACAACUAUUAUAGUUGUGCUUAGGGUCAUUUGCCGCUUACGCUACGCUCGACUCCAGCGGACAGGGCUAGGAUUGGAUGACUACAUCACCAUCUUCUGUCUCAUUCUCAGCUUAGUCGUGACCGUUCUCAUAACGAUAGCAACUGGGUAUGGCCUUGGAAGGCAUUCAUACGAAUUAGAAGAUGGCCAAAGGAGGAUCGCGCUGGAAUAUAACGUGAUCAUAAACGCCAUAUUGAUAUGGCAGUUCUCGCUACCGAAAUUUGCGAUCAUCGCUAUCCUAAAGCGCAUUCUCAACUACGGAACGAGAACAGCAGUUUUAUUCUGGACACUCGGCAUCACUUCGCAGGCCUGCAUCUUUGCCGUCUCAGUUUGGUGGUUUAAACAAUGCGAUCCCAUCGAGUUUGGGUGGGACAAGAGUAUCAAAGGGGGAACUUGUGCGGACGUCCGCAUCAUGAUCAACCUUGCUUACUUCACAUCGGCUUACUCGGCGUUCCUCGAUAUCUUCUUCGCCUUCUACCCGAUACCUUUUAUUAUGCGCUUGAAUAUGCCGCUCCGGAGUCGCAUCGGCGUCGCCUCAGCCUUGAGUCUGAGUUCACUUGCAUUCGUUGCGUCAGUCAUCAAGCUGUCAGCACUCGGGGAAGCCUUCGCCAUAUCGGCAGAAGAUCCAACACUUCCCGUUCCACACCUCGACAUCUUAGGAAUGUCGGAAGGAUAUAUUUUGAUGAUCUGCUCUUCGCUUCCUACUCUAGGACCUCUCCUCCGAGCAGCAAAAAUUAAGUUGACAAGUCAAGACCUCGCCACUAACAAGUCCGGCGUACACAUUGAAUCCAGCCUUCAUAGCCUACAGCAGAGCUUUCCGCAUCCCAAGGGGCAACGGCAUACAAAUGAUAUCGAACGCUCGAUUAGCGGAGGGGAGUCUAGCAUCGAUGCUAUUCCGCUAGUUUCAUCACCCAUGCCAGCAGCAGCCUGUAGCAUCAAGGAUUUUGGUAUUCAAAAGACGGUGGAGGUUCACAUGACUUCAGAGCGGAUAGACCCUGGGUCCAAACCCCGGCAACAUAGCGCUCGAAUAUUCUGA